AUGGAUGUAACUUCGACCACUGCCGCCUCCGCCUCCGCCUCAGGCGGGGGGAGGUGGUACACGGGCAUGUCGGCGGAUAACAUCAAGGGCCUGGUGCUCGCGCUCUCCUCCAGCCUCUUCAUCGGCGCCAGCUUCAUCAUCAAGAAGAAGGGACUCAAGAAGGCCGCAUCCUCCGGCGUCAGGGCGGGGGUUGGUGGUUAUUCUUAUUUAUAUGAGCCUCUUUGGUGGAUUGGCAUGAUAACAAUGAUUGUUGGAGAAGUUGCAAAUUUCGCAGCCUAUGCAUUUGCUCCGGCUAUUUUGGUCACUCCUCUUGGUGCUCUUAGCAUUAUUAUCAGCGCUGUGCUUGCACAUGUAAUGCUGCGGGAGAAGCUGCACAUAUUCGGAAUUCUUGGAUGUGUCCUAUGUGUUGUGGGAUCCACCACAAUAGUCCUUCAUGCUCCACCAGAGCGUGAAAUUGAGUCGGUGACAGAAGUGUGGGAUCUGGCUACGGAACCAGCCUUCAUGUGUUAUGCAGCAGUGGUAAUUGCUAUAGCUGCCAUACUUGUUUAUCGGUUUGUCCCACUUUUUGGGCAGACACAUGUCAUGGUCUACAUAGGUGUUUGCUCUCUUGUUGGUUCCAUCUCGGUCAUGAGCGUGAAAGCUCUCGGCAUAGCAUUGAAGCUGACCUUUUCAGGAACGAACCAGCUUAUAUACCCACAGACAUGGGCUUUUACUCUGGUUGUCAUCUCAUGUAUCAUUACCCAAAUGAAUUACUUGAACAAGGCACUUGACACGUUUAAUACAGCAGUUGUGUCACCCAUUUAUUAUACCAUGUUCACAUCUUUAACUAUCUUGGCAAGUGUCAUCAUGUUCAAGGACUGGGACAGGCAAAAUCCUACACAAAUUGUGACUGAGAUGUGUGGCUUUGUUACGAUCCUUUCUGGAACUUUUCUUCUACAUAAAACAAAAGACUUGGCUGAUGGUGGGCUUUCGACUUCAUCCUCCUUCCGUCUUCCUACAUCUUCUUCAGUGCGGUUCUCAAAGCAAACAGACGAAGACGGUGAAGGAAUUCCUCUAAGAUCGUCCGAAUCAUUCCGGUCACCACAUUAA